GCACUUCCAGCCAGCAGUGGAAGUUUUUUUUCCAUAUUGAUUAGUUAUGUCGCUUUUGUUGUUUACCCAUUAAUUUUCCUCAAAUUGUGUUGAAAAAAUAAAAUUUCUAAGAAUAAUAAUUUAAAAACAAAAGUGAAAAUUUUCGAAAACGGUGCAUUUUCUACGGUUUUCAUAUAUUUUCCAAGCUGACGACGAACUGCACGAUUGGUAAGACAGUCGUGAAGCAACCCCAGAUGUCCACUGGAGUGGGAGGCGGAGGAAGCAGCAUCACAACUGACCACAGCCGAUUAUAUUUCCUCAAUUCGCCAUCAACACCGCUUACCGCGCGCGAUCCAUUUUUCAUCAAGCCGGAAUACCUCAAUUAUGAAAAUCCCAUGCACCAUCUCUAUCCCAGUAAUAGGGGCUUAAUCGACUAUAAUAAUUAUACUAGUGCUGCGGUAGCAGCAGCCAGUGGUAGUGGAAGCGCUUCAACAAAUGCUGUUGCAGCUGUCGCCGCCCUUAAUUUAGAGAACAAUUUCCAGCAACCUCAAUCACAACAGUCGUCAUCUUCGUCAUCGCAACAACAACAAACACAACAGCCACAAACACCUUCAUCGACGAACCAGCAACAAACGCAGCAAGGCCAACAGCAUCCACUGCAUCUUCACCUCAGCACACCGCCAUCAACUCGAGCGCAAAAAGCAGCCCGUCGGCGAAGCAACGAAUCAGUGGAGGCACGGCAAAGACGAUUAGCGCGAAACGCUUCAAGAAUGCGCGAGAAACGAUCCAGAGAAUCUGAGGAGGAAUACCGCAUCCGGUUGGCGAAAAAUGCGGAAGCGAACCGUAUACGACGUCAGAAUGAAAAUGAAGUACAAAGAACCCUAAGACUGAUGAAAAAUGCCGCCAGGCAACGGUUGCGGCGGGCUGGUGAGACGCCGGAAGAACGCAAAAAGCGUUUGGCCAAAGCCGCUGAACGCAUGCGAAUCGCGCGAGCCAAUGCACCAAAAGUGUAUAAGCCUCCACUGGAGGAUCGCCUUAAGGGUUACUAAAUAUACAUACAUAAACAUACAUACUUAUACGUCAGCAGGCAGCAUCAAAUCUAUCUCAUAAUGGACAAGAAGAAGACGUAUGUGUGGUAUUGAUGUCAUAACCAUCAUAAACCAUUCAUAAAUGACGCAACAAAAUAUAUAAAAUAAUAACCGUUAAUAUGAUAAAGUAGAAACACAAAGAGGAACAGCUGAAUUGCAAGAAGAAAAAAAAACAGCCGCCAACACGAGAGUAUUUAAAAGAAUGUAGGAUUUCAACGCACACGCAUUGGUAUAAGUCCUGAUUACUUGACUUUCACUUGGCGCAAUCGUCGUAUCAACAAGGGGUGAAGGAGGCAAAUUAAAGUCAAUCUUAUACGCCCUUCAACCGCAUAUUUAAUUAAGUUUAUGAAAUAAAGUAUUUUUAUAAUGCAUGCAUUACAUUAAUAUAAAAUAAAAUGUAAUAAUAAUGAUAAUAUAACAAAAAUAUAUAGAAGCGUACAUACAUACAUAUGUAAAUGUAGUCGGUCACACAAACAAGCAAACAAAUACUACACUCACCCACACACACACCAUUAAUUAGUUCCAAAACCACACAAAAACACAAAUGGACGCAUUAUUAUAACUACAAUGUAGCACCUAUAGCGUUAUAUCUAAAUCUCCAAGAAUAAAACAGAGGAUUUAUCUAAGCCCGCUAAAAAUCAAGCUCCUUAAUUAAUAUUCCCAUUUGUGCUGAUGCUCUCGACACUUCCGUAAUUCACACAGUACAGUACAUAGUUAUUAUCCAACACAUUUAAAAAAAAAUUAAACAACAAAAACUUCUGUAACAAAUUAUUUUAAUACAUAUUUAAAAUGCAAUACAUAUAGUAAAGUUAAAACCCUAUAUCUCUUUUCAAUCUUAAUUAAGUUCUAGUCAAAAUUCAACUUUUAUCUUCAUUGUUUGAUGUAAUUAAUGAUUAAUUUUAAAUUAUGUAAUAUGUACACUCUAUACUGGAAUAAAGUUGCAUCAUUCACAUUUUUAAAA